AUGGCGGCUCCCUUGACUCUGCUUCUGAUCGUAGCCGUCACAAUCCGCGCGGCUCUCUACAGAUCCAGUUUAGCGGAGCUGAUCGCAGAGAGGGUGGAGGUUGUGUCUCCGAUCACCGCCUGGAAGAGAGUUAUUGAAGGUUUAGCUCUGCUUGAUCUGGGAGUUUCACCAUAUUCUGGGGAUGUUUUCCACGAGACGCCUCUCAUUAUUUACCUCUUUCACUUCUUGGUGGAUUAUGCAGAAAUCACGUUUAUGCUGGCGGACGUGAUCACAGCCGUUGCUCUUUACAUGGCAGUGAAGCACUACAACAAGCAAGUGUUCAGAAAGCAGAAGUUUGCCCUGGAGGCGAAUCGCUAUCCUGCCGACUGUCUGGAGCUCAUCAGGAGCCCCACAGAAAUGUUCUACAUCCCCCUGAAAGUAGCCAUGUUUUACCUUUUGAACCCGUUCACCAUCUUGUCCUGCGUUGCCAAGUCCACCUGCGGCCUGAACAACGCCGUCCUCUCCCUCUUUCUCCUCUCAACGAUUAAAGGAAACAUGCUGCUGAGUGCCAUCUUCCUGUGUCUGGCCACGUAUCAGUCCAUCUACCCGCUCACGCUGUGCGCUCCAGCCAUGCUGUAUCUGAUGCAGCACCAGUACGUCCCGGUGAACCCGCGGCGCGCCAGCUUCUGGUGGUUGGUGGUGCAGUAUCUCUUCAUGUACCUCGGCAGUUUGUUUGUCAUCGUCUGUCUGUCCUUCUUCCUGCUGGGAUCCUGGGACUACCUGCCCUCCGUCUACGGCUUCAUUCUUUCGGUUCCUGACCUGACCCCCAACAUCGGCCUCUUCUGGUACUUCUUUGCUGAGAUGUUUGAGCAUUUCCGCCUGUUCUUCCUCUGCGUCUUCCAGAUCAACGUUUUCUUCUACACCAUCCCUCUCUGCAUCAAACUCAAGGAUCACCCGGUGUUUCUGAUGUUCAUGCAGUUAGCUGUGAUCUCCAUCUUCAAGUCUUACCCCACUGUGGGCGACACAGCCCUCUACCUGGCCUUCCUUCCUGCCUGGAGUCACCUGCAUCGAUUCUUGAGGAACAUCUUCCUGGUGUCCUGCGUCCUGCUGGCCUGCUCUGCUUUGUUUCCAGUUUUGUGGCACCUCUGGAUCUACGCAGGAAGCGCCAACUCCAACUUCUACUACGCCAUAACUCUGCUCUUCAACGUAGCGCAGAUCCUGCUGGUGUCGGAUUAUUUCUACGCCUUCGUGAGGAGAGAGCACCACCUCACCUAUGGGCUGUACCUGAAGAAGAAGGACGGCUCGGAGGCCACGCUGGUGCUGAAAUAAAACUUGAAGAAAUCGUUGAACAUCUCAAAGACUGAAAACAAGCUGAGGAGAGAGCGGAGAAAAGCUGCUCUGCUUCGUCUAGAUGGCACAAACUCGUACGUCCACGUUAGAGCAGCCAUGUUGAAUGUUUCUGACCGAGGCGGGAUGGAUGGAAACAUGGCUCCUCUGAACCAUCAGCUCAGGCCUUCACACCAGAUGUUCCUCCUCCUAACACUGACUCUUCAGGAGGGAGGAUCUGGACACAGUUUAUCCUCAGAUGAUCAUACGGAGAAAAUCACUCAUCUAUGGAAGGCUUUUAUUUUGAAGUUUUGCUCUUCUUUAAACAUUAAAGAUAUAGGGAAAUGACUGACUGUCCAAACAAUUAGUAAUUUCUCAUCUCACUGUUUUUUAUUUUCUUCCCUUUAUUUAAUAAUAAUUGUGUUAAAACUGGUUUAUUUGCUCUUAAAAAAAAGGAUUAUUUAAAAGUUAAUCUGGGAAGUUCCGAUCUUACUUUUCUUUCC